ACACUCUUUAGGUCCCUUCGCGGAAGUGACGUCAGGGGAGCGAUGGCGGCCAGUGCUGAAUUGUGCGCGUUUUCUUUUCGCUUUCUCUAAGGCUCUCCGAAGGAGGACAGUGCUUUUAAUGCCGCAGCGGAUGGACGGUCGCGCUUCUCUCGGCUUUCGGCAGAACGGAGGCGUUUGCUCGACACUCCGCUUGGUUUGAGCAUCUUAGCCAACGAGCAUUUGCGGACUUCACAGAGCCGGACAGAGACGCUACCUCUCUGAAGAAGUCACCUGCGCUCCUCUCCUCUCCACAGGUGUGUUGUGUUGCUCUUGUCGGCGGUGUAGAUAACACCUCUGGGACUCUGGUGGUAUGGUGGACAUGCUAAAGACGCGCCAGUGUCUGCUCGGCGUGCGCACUUUCCUCGGCGUGACCUCCAGACUCUGGAGCUGCUUCUUAUACAUCCUCAGGAAGCACAUACGGACGAUAAUCCAGUAUCAAACAGUGCGAUAUGACAUCUUACCAUUGUCACCCAUUUCCAGAAACAGACUCAACACCGUGAAGCGAAAGAUCUUAGUUUUAGAUCUCGACGAGACGUUGAUCCACUCGCAUCACGAUGGAGUUCUCAGACCUACAGUGCGGCCUGGGACACCGCCAGACUUCGUCCUCAAAGUGGUAAUAGACAAACACCCGGUCAGAUUCUUUGUGCAUAAAAGGCCGCAUGUGGACUUCUUCCUGGAGGUGGUCAGUCAGUGGUAUGAGUUAGUAGUGUUCACUGCUAGUAUGGAGAUCUAUGGUUCUGCAGUAGCUGAUAAGCUGGAUAACAACAAGGGGAUCCUGAAAAGAAGAUACUAUAGACAGCACUGUACGCUGGAUUCAGGUAGUUAUAUUAAAGACCUGUCCGUUGUACAUGACGACUUAUCAAGUAUAGUCAUUCUUGACAACUCGCCGGGAGCAUAUCGCAGUCAUCCAGAAGCUCUAAAGAGCAGUUACACUCACAGUACGGAUGGAUUGCAUAUGUCAGAGACUCAAGGUCUGUCGAAGACAACUGUUUUCUCCUACGAUGAAUAUGAAUGAAUGCUAACACUAGAUAAUGCAAUACCUAUAAAGUCAUGGUUUAGUGACCCAAGCGACACAGCACUUCUUAACCUGCUGCCCAUGCU